ACCAUAGCAGCGAGAGUUUAGUAAGUGUUCCGCCAUGGCUAGCAGUCCGUCCAGAGUUUUCGCUGCUCUAUUACCCGCUGCGGGAGAUAUUUACCGGGACGAAAAUGAACCAGGGAUGGGGGGACACACGGUUACCGUUCAGCAAACCCAGAACAGCGCGAGGGGGGUCCAGGUGACGGGGAGCGCGGAGGUCUCGUGCCCAGCCGACCGCGCUACGGUUUCCGUUAGUUUCAAAAACAGCAAGGAGACGGUGAACGACGUCACCAACAGCAUCUCGAGGAGAGUAGAGUACAUUCUACAGACCCUGAGACAACAUCAUGUCAAGGGGGAAGAGUUGACAGUGACGAGAAACAUCUACAGAGCUGAUGACCUGUACCACAUGGAAGCUCAGGUGAUGGUGGUGUUCUCAGACUUUGGUCAGAUGGAGAGAGUGUGUGUUGUUCUGUUGGAGAAGCUGGAUAAGAGUGUGUGUGUCAGCGUGCCUCACUUCUACCACAGUGAAGAGUGUCUCAGCCUAUUGAGGCGGCGUGUGUGUGUAGCAGCAGCAGAGAACGCUCGUCUGAAGGCGUCUGAGAUGAGCAGCAUGCUGGGACAGACUCUGGGGCACCCCCUACUGGUCAGAGAGGAAGAGGCCACAGAGAGGAGAGAUGCAGGGAGAGAAAGAGUGAUGGAAGGAGGAGAGGGGAGGAGGGGGGAGGGGGUACACAGGCCAAGCAUCACUGCGACCUCUCGUGUGUUUGUCACCUUUAACCUCCGACCCAAAGACAGAACCAGGAAGAAGUUCUGAAGACUAAGUUACCCAUCACCCCCUGCAGCACAGUGCAAACACACACUCACACUGUAGAUACUUUAAUAUGAAGCCAAAGACGAGGAUGGACAGUCAUUGUUUUGUUUAGAAUAAUAUUUAUUCAAUUCUUUCCUCAAAGCUUCUGUCAGUAAACAUGAAUGUCAAUAAAUUAUGUAAAGGUGG